AUGAAUGUGUUAGAAAAAGCCGAAAAGGCUUUGGAAUAUUUAAAACACAAUGAAGGAAUUGCGAAAGGUCAUGAGCUUCAAACGGCAGCAGGGACCCUCGGCCGUUGUUUAGGAGCCCUAGGAAGUCGGCAAAAUUGCGCUAGACACUACGCUAAUUUGUUACAUACAGCCGUGCCUACCCUUCUUACUUUAGCUAGUAAUGAAAGUGCUGAAGUCAGAUUAUUGGGAGACGAAGCUCUGAACAGAGCUGUGGCUGGUGGUUUUGCUUUUCAUUCUUAUAAAACAAAUAUUAUACUGCAAAAUCAAAUUGAUGCUACAAAAAAUGCACGGUAA